UUUGAUUCGUCCGUAGGCGUCUAAACGCCAUUCUUCUGAUUUCUUAUAGGAUUAAGAUACUGUUAUUCAAAAUGCGUUCUCUUCUCUGAAUGGCUGUUUCAAACGCCCUUCACAGUUACAUGAAAACGCGAGUUUUAGGUGAGGGGAGAGGCGAUUGUCAUGGAGCAGCUAGGAUCGCUGAGCAGUUGACUCAUGAAUUUACUUUGUUGUGUUUUGACGCAGAUUGACUUGAGUAACGUCUUGGUGGAUGGUUCCUUCAUGAGUUUAGUCACGAUUUUGGGAAACGAGACCAAAUUCUGAAAACGGAGGUGUGUGCAGGACAAAGAAGGAACGCAAUGGAAACAUUGUUUAUUUUCUACUGACCAAUUUGUUUGUUUUUGUUUGGACAGUGCGCUGUUGCCUGAUGAUACAUAUAAUGGAUUCCGGUUAUAUUUGCCAUUAUUUCUCAUAGUAACGAUAAUGGUGUUUUCCAGUAGCAAAUAAAUUGCAGUAUUCGUAGUUUGUUUUGGAGUUCAGAUGUAGCUGGGGUUGGUCGAAACUUUGCAGCUCCUGCAAGAUCAUCAGAAGUUCGUUGCAUUUAUGGGUUGCGUGGAGAGCGCGCAAUGUCUCGUGCGAUGCGAUGGGACUGAGUGAGGCCGUUCGACCCGACAAAACUUUUGCCUCCGCUUCAAGACAGGCUGUCAGGUCUGCUGAGAAGAGUCAUACCCCAGAAAAUGUGAAAGGCUCAUUAAAGUGCUCCGCCACAUUUGUCGUGCUGCAGUAGCAAUGGAGAGGAGCAAGCGAAACUCCAUUGCUGGGUUCCCUUCGCGGCCUGAUCGGCUGGAGGACCUGGAUGGCGGAGGGGGUGGGGUCGAGACCGGGCCCUCCCACCUGGACCGAGUAUGCCCCUCCUCUUACCGUGCCCUCAUCAGUGCCUUCUCCUGUCUGACGCGCCUUGAUGACUUCAUAUGCGAACGGAUUGGCUCCGGCUUCUUCUCAGAGGUCUACAAGGUGCGUCACCGAGCGUCAGACCAGGUGAUGGCUCUGAAGAUGAACAAGCUCAGCAGUAAUCGGGCCAACAUGCUGCGAGAAGUCCAGCUCAUGAACAGACUCUCUCAUCCCAACAUCCUCAGGUUCAUGGGCGUGUGCGUGCAGGAAGGUCAGCUCCAUGCUCUCACAGAGUACAUCAAUGGUGGUAAUUUGGAACAGCUGCUGGACAGUAACAAGUACCUGAGCUGGGCCAUGCGGGUCAAACUUGCACAAGAGAUCGCCAUGGGCCUGGCUUACCUUCACUCCAAGGGCAUCUUUCAUCGAGACCUCACCUCCAAGAACUGCCUGAUCAAAUCAGACGAAAACGGUUACACAGCAGUGGUUGGAGACUUUGGCCUGGCAGAGAAGAUCCCCAGCGACAAUACUGAUGGGGAAAAGUUGGCAGUAGUAGGUUCUCCAUUCUGGAUGGCUCCAGAGGUCCUGAGAGACGAACCGUAUAAUGAGAAGGCUGAUGUCUUCUCGUACGGCAUCAUCUUGUGCGAGAUCAUUGCCAGGAUCCAGGCCGAUCCGGACUACCUGCCACGCACCGAGAACUUUGGGCUAGAUUACCACGCAUUUCAGCACAUGGUUGGAGACUGUCCCUCUGACUUCCUGCAGCUGGCCUUCAACUGCUGUAACAUGGACCCGAAGCUGCGGCCCUCGUUCUCAGACAUCGUGAAGAGACUGGAGGAGAUUCAGCGGCACCUGAGAGCUGAAGAGGUGGAGAGAGAGAGGAUUCCACCCCAACCAGAGUUGGAGAAAAAGACCAUCCCCAAAGGUGAUAAGUUCCAGGGGAUAAAGAGGUUGAACCCCCUGGGCCUCCAGGAUGACAAGAUCCCGCCAAAGUCACCCCGUCCACGUCGCAACAUCUGGCUCUCACGCAGCCAAUCGGACAUUUUCUCCCGCAAGCCUGGCCGCAAGGUCAACGUCCAAGAUCCUUACUACAACCCUGGGCGUCGGGAAAGCUCGAGAGGCGCACCCAAGAUCAACCCAUUCAGUGCCAGGGAGGAUCUGAAGGGCGGCAAAAUCAAGUUCUUCGACAUGCCCAGCAAGUCUGUCUUCUCGCUGGUGUUCGACCUGCACUCGCCGCACGGCAGCGCGACCGCACACCAGCCCCAGCCGAACACCAGCAGCGGAGCCGCGUGCCCGAGCAACUCUGCACCCUGGCCUGAGCUCUGUCAGCUGCCCGGGCGCCAGUGCCACUCUCUGCCAGUCUCGCCCCAGCUGUCUGAGGUGUUUCGCACGGCCCGGAGCGAGGCGGGCCCGGCGGGCGGCGAGCCCCGGCCCAGGCCACUCAGCAGCUGGGCAAGGAAGUACACCGUGGCGGAGAUCCCACCCUACCGGCCGAGGACGGAGAGGGAGACGGCGGGGGCGGAGCCAGAGGAGGGGGCGGAAGAGAGCUGGCCGUGUCUCGCCACCGCCGAGACUGAGGCCGAAGCCAUGGACUGCUCCAGCAGCAGAGGUAGCCCUAUGGAUGACAGCAAGGAGCGGAACCCGGGCACGGGCCCCGCACACGCUGCCAACAGGGAGUGGCCGUAUGUCUGCGAGGACAUGGAUGCCGAGGAGCAGGAGGACAUGCUGAGCUUGUGCUCCCACACCAGCAGUAGCCCGUUCGUUCUUAGCAUGGCCGGUGAGCCGCAGGAACUCCGUCCCAUCGUCCUCUCACCGUGCCGACCCUCUAAGUCACCGGAUCUCCUGUCCCGAUGUGACAUCUGAGACGAGACCUGUAACACUGAGCGGUGUUGCCUCACAACAGCCAGGAAUUAUAGGAUGGACUAAAAUUGAUGCCAUGCAGUUUUCACGAUGUAUUUAAUUAAUACACUUAAAAAAGAUGUACAUUUUCUUUUGUUUCAUAGAGACACCCUCCUAACUUAAGCACGCAUGGGAUUUUGGGCUGAAAGCAAGUGAGACAUGAUCCAAGAUGUUACCUAACAGACCAUCAAGAGCUCACACAGAGGGAGAUUAAGCUACAUUUACACAGGGCUAAUGGAUUAUCACAGUCUGCAACUUUGUCUGAACGUUUUAACAUCUUCACAAGCACUGUCUUUCCUAACUGAUUAAACACUUUAUUAGAAUGUGACAGGACCACAAACGCCCAUGUUUAAAAAAUUAUUUUUAUAUAUAUAUAUAAAUAUAAAAAUGAGUUUUGUGUUUCUGGAAAAUAUCACAAUAUACCAGUUUUAAUGUGCGUCUUCAAAGGUUAUCGCUGAAAUCUGUGUACCAUUAUAUCAUUGUGCACUGUAUGGGUGUAGUACCAGUUAGCACACCUGAUAGCUGGGCAAGCACACAUUCCAUACCCGCCGUUAGAUUAGUUUUAGAGCAAACCUUGUUCUUGCACCCCUCUCAAGGUUGAUUUGUGGAUGGAGAUGGAGGCUUCAGUGUGUGACUGAAAUAGCAGCUGGAUCCAUUCAGUGACCUCUCAGACCUUCUAAAUGCUCCAUGUGUAACAACUACUUAAAAAAAGUAUAUUGCACUUGAAUUGAGAAAGAACUUAAUGAAUUAAACUCAUCUUUUGUCACUACAUUUCUAUGCAAUAAAUUUAACUGAAGCAGAAAGUUUUAUAGAGAGGAUCUAUUUUGAUAUUUAUGUGGAAGAAAAGGUGAUUUUACCAUGUCUUACUUCCCUGCUGGUCAACUAUGUGUAAAGCAUAUAUUAUUAAUAGUUUGAUAAAACAGAUAUUUGUAAAUAAUAUUGUAUGUGCCAGUGCCUGACCUUAAUGUUAUUUUUCACCCUGGCUGUUUUCUCAUUGUGUAGGUUUGUAAUUGAAUAAGAUGUAUAUUUCUACCAAAGACACAACAGGACCUUCUUUACUAUUCAUAUGGAUUCAGUUUUAUAAAAUGUACAAGUGCAUGUAUGUAUUCAGACGUUUAAAAAAAUAAUAAUGAUAAUAAAUUUAAGGAUGUA